AUGAGCAAGAAGCGUGCUUCACCUGGUGAUGAUGCAGCAAAAACCCAGGACCUCACUCCCGAACUCGAGGCGCUACUGGAUGGGCUGGAAAAAGAGCACGAACGUCUGAUUCUUGCAGACGAGUUUGCCAGCAUAUACAAGCAUGAACCAUUUUACCAAAAACGCCGCGAGGCGGUGAGAAAAGUACCCGAUUUCUGGCUCCGAACGCUCCAGAACGAUACCAGCUUCGUGACGCUAUAUGGAAACCACCGCGAGGACCUCGAGGCGCUCAAGUAUCUCGAGGAUAUGAACGUUGUUCGACACAAGCCCGACCCACGUGCAUUCACCUUGGAAAUGUACUUCAAGGAAAAUCCGUACUUUACUGACAAGGUUCUGAAGAAGGAAUACAAGCUGAAGAAUGCACCGUCGGGAGAGCAGGUUGAUGGAAUAUACGACAGCAUGCUCAACUUCAACCCCGACACUGACCUUGUCGCGUCCACGACGAAGAUUAACUGGAGAAACGACAAGGUCAACCUUUGCAAAAUGUUCCCUCGCCCAACGGAUGAGGACGAGUUGAUGGACGAAGUGCCCGAUAUGGGCACCUUUUUCAAUUUCUUUGAGCAAGCCGUCGACGAGAGUGACCUCGGUCCACACCUUGCUGCAAACGUAUUCAGCAACCCCAUCCCAUUAUUCAGGGGCGAGAUUGAUGACGACGAAGAGCUCGAGGAGGAAUCGUCCGAGGAUGAGGACAGCGAUGCGGAAGAAAUCGAUCUAGAGCGACCCAAAAAGCGUGCGAAGCGUGGAUAG